GAGCAAUAAAAUGCAUCGACAAAAUGGUCUUGCUUCGCCGAAAGGAUUUAUUAGUGAUCCUUAAAAUACAUUGUGCCAACGAAGAAUGUCAGGGACAUCAAAUGCAGAAUCUUCCGAAGGAGUAGUCUCCAAAGUGAAAGUAAAAAAGCAGAUCAAGACAAUCAUGAAGGAUUUGGAGACCAUCCUGGGAGACUUGAGGGAUGUGGCCAAGGAACUCAAAGAGGUUGUGCAUGAGAUCGACUCCCUCACGUGUGACCUACAGCUGGAGGAGGCGAUGACGGACAGUUCCAAGACAGACACCCUGAACAGCAGCUGUAGCAGCAGCACCACCACCACCACAGCCUCCAGCACUGACAAGAUCAAGAUCUACCCUGACGACGCUAUCUUUAGGCCCCCAUCUGUCAGCCCUGCUGUCCUGACUGUGCUGAAGAAGCCCCACCCUCCUCUGCCGCCUCCCAGGCUGACAUCUAUCAAAGCGGAGGAGAACAACAAGAAUCCUCCAUCAGGGAACCUACUAGCCAAGGCUAACGGGACUCUUAUGCGCAAUGAAGUUUUCACAGGGAAGCCAAACAGAGACUUAUUGUACUGCAUCUCAAAUAGUAUUCCAGAGAAAGGACGUACGCGCAUGCCUUUGCUACGGCAUGAAGAGAGCAAAUGCCACCAGGCCACCAGGGAGCGGGUCCGAUUCAGUGAAAAGGUCCAGUAUCACGGGUACUGCCCUGACUGUGACCUGCAAUAUGACGUCAAUAACACAGAUAUACACUUACAGACAGAAUUGACUGGUGAAAUGAGCCCUGUCCAUCAGUGCUCCUCCUCCUCACCACCACCCCAGCUCCUGUUGGAAAAUGGCAGCCUCAGCGUCAGCCAUAGUUGCCCUCCUGCAAACUCGCCUUGUGUGCCUCAUCCUAACCCUACCUUGAAACCACAGAAAACCAUCCUCCGAAAAUCAACCACCACAACGGUUUGA